CGCCGCGCCGCCGCCGCCGUUCCUCAUGAAGACGUACGAGAUGGUGGACGACCCGGCCACGGACGGCGUCGUGUCCUGGGGCCCCGGGAACAACAGCUUCAUCGUCUGGAACACGCCCGAGUUCGCCCGAGACCUCCUGCCCAAGUACUUCAAGCACAGCAACUUCUCCUCGUUCGUCAGGCAGCUCAACACCUACGGGUUUAGAAAGGUUGAUCCAGACAGAUGGGAAUUUGCAAAUGAGGGUUUUCUGAGAGGACAAAAACAUCUGCUGAAGACUAUCAACAGAAGGAAACCAUCCUUGCAGGGUAACAGCCAACCACAGCAACCUCAGUUGCAGAACGCUCCUGUGCCUUCGUGUGUAGAGGUGGGUAAGUUUGGGUUGGAGGAAGAGAUUGAACGGCUGAAAAGGGACAAGAAUGUUCUUAUGCAAGAGCUUGUAAGGCUGAGACAGCAACAGCAAACAACUGACCAUCAGCUCCAGACUUUGGGCAAGCGUCUUCAAGGGAUGGAGUCACGGCAGCAACAGAUGAUGUCUUUCCUGGCCAAAGCAAUGCAAAGUCCUGGUUUCCUAGCACAGUUUGUACAGCGAAAUGAGAACAGCAGGAGGAGAAUAGUAGCUGCGAACAAGAAAAGGCGGCUGCCCAAGCAAGAUGGUGGACUCGAGUCCGAAAGUUCUGCUGCUUCGUUAGACGGUCAAAUUAUCAAGUAUCAGCCUUCGAUCAACGAAGCAGCCAAAGCAAUGCUAAGGAAGAUCCUAAACGUAGAUUCUUCGCAUAGGUUUGAAUCUAUGGGCAAUUCAGAUAAUAGUAAUAAUAAUAAUAUUCUGCUGGAGGAUUAUAUGCCGGCCGCCCAAGCUUUUGAGAGCUCUUCGUCGACAAGAAAUUCUGGGGUCACCCUUGCAGAGGUUCCAGCAAACUCAGGCUUGGCGUAUGUCGGCACGAGCUCGGCUAUCUGUUCUCCUCCAGCGGCCCCUGAAAUGCAGUGCCCAGUGGUGCUGGAUAACAAGGCGUACAAGCAAGUGGCCAGCAUGAGUGCUGUGCCUCCUGUUUCAAGUGACAUGGGUAUUAUUCCGGAAUUCUCAGAUCUGGCAGACUUGGUCUCUGUGGAUAUUCUUGGAGGGGCCUUUGAGAUGAUGCCUGGUCCUGAGUUCCCCCUGCCAGAAGAAGGUGAUGAUGGGACCACCAUGUACAACAACAACGACGAGGAGGCUCAGAGCCUUCCAGGCAUCAUCAACUCCAUCUGGGAGCAGUUCCUGGUAGGCAGCCCUCUAUCUACCGAUAAUGAGGAAGUUGAUUCAGCAGGCGGACUAUAUGCGCAGGAGGAUGGAUGGAGCAAAGUGGGGAACAUCGCUAAUCUUACAGAACAGAUGGGACUUGUAUCAUCAACAAAUCACCGGGACUCAGGGAAUGGGCUGUACUAGUAUCUUAAUUAAUACAGUAGACUGAGGAUUCUGGUAAUAAGUGUUGCAUGCUCUUUUCUUAUUUAAUUAUUUUCCCCCUUUUCGCCAACUCAAUAUGGGAGGUGGGGGUGAGGAGAUUCAAAGGCAUGUUUGGCUCGUUACCUAAGUUGACACACUUUGCCAAACUUACUUUUAUGACUAAGGUUAGUUAUUU